AUGCACCACAAGAGGAUACUGGCCUGUCAGGUUUUCGACAAACUACCCGUCGAGACACUUGGUCGCAUCAUCUACUUUGCGGCAGAAGCUGCCAGCGAGUGGUGGAUACGCGGGAAAGCUGAAAUUUUGUCGCUUACCCACGUAUCCCAACGAUGGAGGACGGCGGCACUCACCCAGCAUAGCGUAUGGAAGGAUUUCGAGAUCAGCCUUCCCCGCUUUCGAUGUCGAAGUGCCUCUUGGCAGCCAUUCUUGCAACUGGAGCCUUUGAUGGAGCUUUGGUUUCGACGUGCAGGCAGUCUGCCGAAGUCGUUGUCCCUCGUGUUCCAAACGUAUGGAAGCUCUUCGCAUUCCCUUUGCGCAAUCUGCUCCCCGCAUGUUCAGUCCAUUCUCCGAAAGUUCGGUCCGUGGCGAUCUGUUUCGCUCAGACUUGGGCACCCGCGCUGCGUCGAGAAGUUGGGAAAUGAAUCUUGGAAUUCGAUCGAAAACCUUUCCCUGUAUAUCAUGCGGGAUUGCCACCGUUCGGCGCUCCGACGUGAUUACCAGUUCCCGUUCGCAAGCAUCCCUACCUUGACGAUGCUUAAGAUCGAUUCCCUCGACGCAGAUGGAACGUUCAAGGACAUCAAUGCGGCCUUCUUCGCCUUCCCCGCCGUCUUCUUGCAGCGUCUUGUGGACCUCAAACUCUACACGCGGUCGAACAACAGUCAGCUUCUCCGGAUCGUUCAGCAGUGUUCCAGUCUGGAGCAUCUUUCCCUCGCGAUCGGAUCAUCGGUUCCUGCCAGUGGUCACCAACUUGAAACCUCAGAACCACUCGUCCCCUUCCUCCUCCCAGUCCUGAAAUCAUUGUCGAUCGACCUGCUUGAGCUCUGCCUCCACUCCGUCCUCGGAAAGCUUAUUUGUCCUCAAUUGAUCGAAUUAACGGUGGAAGGUCAUGAAGCUGAUCCUGUGGCGGACGCAGGCGAGGAUGGAGACGAAGACGAGAUUUGUUUUCUCGACAUCCUCGACAAGUUCAUCGACCGCUCUUCAUGUGCCCUGCGGAAGCUGGAUGUCUCCUUUCCGUACUCCCCCCACCUCGAGGAUGCGCCUGACUCGGUGGAUUUUCACUUUGUCAAGUUCCUUCAAGGGUCUUGCAGGCAUUUGACUUCCCUCUCCCUCUCCAAUCUUACCAAGGUCACUGGGAGCUUCUUGCAACCUUUUUAUUGCCCUACGGACAACUACCUUCCGCGACUCGAAAUCAUCAGACUGCUUCUGGUUCCAAAGGAAUUCAAAACGCAGUCCCUGUUCCAGCUCAUCAGCGCCCGAUGGGCGCAAUCCCAGGAACAGGAAACCCAUUCGGCAACUUCAAGCUCAGUAACACCUCUUAAGAAGGCGGAAGUUACUUUCCAUUUUCAAGAAGUGCCCAACGUAAAGCCGUGGGUUCCGAGCGCCUUCUUCGAGGCGAUUGAGGGAGGCUUGAAGUUGGAUGUAACGCCCACUGAAUAUUCGCCGAUUCCCAAGGCCCGGGAUGCAAAGGCGUGGUCCAGGGGCGACUUCGACCUACAAAGCGUCAGACACAUUUGCCGGUGGGCGCGGGAACAGGCCAAGGAAGAGAUGGAGUGGUAUCUGUCCCAUGCCGAGUCGGACCAUGAUUGAACUUUGGACUUGAAACCGAAGUUUUUGCUGUUUGUGCGCUCUCUACAUACUCGCCGCUGUGAUUAAUUCUUUCUUGGGACGCUGUAGACAUUGUCGAUUACUCUUACUCCGUAGGCAUGUAUUUCUGUCUGACGCCAUUGACUGUCCCAUACAUAGAACGCUGGACCGUUUUGGCAAUUCGACUUUGUAUUCGAUCA